ACGUCAUCAAAACAGUGAGACAGGCGGAGAAAAGCAGUCCGUCAGUGGAUGUGACACGCUUACAGAUACAUAGAAAACAACCGAGCAAGCAGCAGGAAACCAUGAUCCGGCUCCAGCAGCGUGUUUAGCCUGCUCGAUUCAACUGGACGUCGGACUUUUUCUGUGUUAUUUCCCUCUGUCUCUUCCUGUGUACCUCGCAAGGCAGCAGCGCCAUGGUGGAGCAAUCGGAUCGAGCCCCGCUGCUGGACUGGGAGGAGAUCCCACCGCCCGAUCCGAACCAGGCGGGCCCGCCGCCGCCUCAGCCGCCUCGGGAGGAGGACGCUCCGGCGGAGAAAAGUUCGCAGCCAGCCGGAAGACGCACACCGACGGGCACUGCGGUUGGUACUGGGUGGAGCAGCAGCAGCUCUGCCACCACCACCACCACCGCCAUCGCCACCACCUGCAGCCCGUCUAGGAAUGUAACAGCUGUUGUUGCCAGCGGGGACGGAAGCCCUGGCCGUCCGCGCACAGAUCUCUGUGGGCACGGAUGGAAUCGCCCGGAGCCUCUCGGUACAGAUCGCAAUGUUCCUUUCCCCGGCCUCUCGGUGAGGGAUCAGUGGGAGGAAAAGGACCAGAUCGUGGCUGUGUUUGUGGUUACCUUUGAUACGAGAUCAGGGAAUAUGGUAGAGUGGUGCCUGCCCCAUGACAUCAACCUUGACGGAGUUGAAUUCAAGUCAAUGGCCAGCGGUUCCCAUCGGAACAGUGACUUUAUAUAUUUCCGUAAAGGCUGUUACUUCGGGCUGGCCUGUUUCGCUAACAUGCCUGUGGAGAGCGAGCUGGAGCGAGGAGCGAGGAUGAAGUCUGUGGGAAUUCUUUCUCCCUCCUACACCCUGCUUUACCGCUACAUGCACUUCCUGGAGAACCAAGUCAGACAUCAGUUGCAGUGCCCGGGCCAGUAUUCUCCACUGGAGGCCUUCUACGAGGAUAAGAAGGCCGUCCUUCCGCCUACAGGAAAUGGCCUGGUCACUGCUUGUCCAACCUGGAGUGUUACCACCAUCAACCGCUGCAUGCACCCAGAAAUGAAGAUCACCCACCCAGCUGGCUGCAUGUCUCAGUUCAUCCAGUUUUUCGGAGAGCAGAUAAUGGUGCUGUGGAAGUUUGCACUGCUUAGAAAACGCCUCCUCAUCUUCUCCCCUCCACCUGUAGGUGUGGUCUGCUACAGGGUGUAUUGCUGUUGCUGCCUGGCCAAUGUGUCUCUGCCUGGAAUCGGUGUCUCUGUGCCUGAAUUACGGCCUUUCUUCUACAUUAACAUAGCCGACAUCACUGCCCUGGAAACAGAGAUGUCAUAUGUGGCCUGUACCACUGAGAAGAUUUUUGAGGAGAAGAAGGAGCUGUACGACGUCUACGUUGACAACCAGAAUGUGAAAACACACAGAAGCCAUUUGCAGCCACUGCUCCGGGUGAAUGCAGCAGAUAAGGAGAAGUACAGGAAACUGACUGAACAGAGGCAAAUGUUGCUGUACUCUCAGGAGGUGGAUGGAGACUGUACAUCAAAUGAAGAGGAUCUUUUCAUUCUGUUCUUCAUGGAGCUCAAUAACCGCAUCUUCCAGACCCUGUCAGAGGUAGCAGGGAGCACUGAUCCCACCCUCACCACUGAGCAUGUGAGAGCCAUGGGGCUGGAUCCUCAGGGCGAUCGCUCUUUCCUGGUUGACCUGCUGGAGGUGUACGGUAUCGACGUCACCCUGGUCAUAGACAACCUCUGUUGCCCCUGAACCCCUCCUUCCCCAGGCCCCACUGCUUUGAUGGGCAACUCGGGAUGUCACUGGAUUAUCUGUGCCUUCAAGGCCAACACACACAAACACACACCAAGACACUGAAGACACUGCCUCCACCCUGGGGCCUCAUCUGUUGCCUGCUGUCCCCUCCUGGGUGUCUGUUUCCUCUCUGUCUGUGUCUCAUCUGACCUAUGGAGACUGUUCCCAACCAGUGUGGGUGAUAAGGACACUUAAAACAUUGGUGCGCUGGUCCACGGUGGCUGAUAAACACCUGCCUAGCAGACAGUGCCGCUUGGCAGCUGCGUGCUCCUAUAGCCAUUCACAUCUUCGUCACUCCUUACUGUUUGCUUUUUUUUUUUUUUUUUUUUUUUUUUUAUUGGUCAGAAAUACUGUUUUCUUGUGUCCACUCGUCUGACUUUGAUUCUUGCCUCAGUGGCCAGGCUUUAAACACUGGAUGAAAACAUGAAAAGACUGAAUCAGAUGUGGUCAUCGCGGCAGGAUGAUUGGUCGCUCUGCACACUGCACUCAUCACAGCAAAGAAAGUCAUUGAAACAUUCACAAUCCCGCAGCUUUGGUGAUCACUUGUGGUUUUUCUGAAGAGAAGGGUCACAUGAUUUGGAAAAGUUUUUAGUCCGGGAAAUGAAUUUGCUGUGCUUCAAAUACCUUUCACUGGAAAUUCUAGCCUCCAUAAUGUGUGACACGUUCAACAACUUCAGAACUUUUGCUGUAAUACCACACAUAGAUGUUCGAAUUAUGUGUCUUGCUCUCGUUAAGCCUCUUCUGGAAUUAGAAGAACUGAAAGCUUUUUGACCACUUUAUUUGCCUUUGAGAAAGAAAGCAAUAUGAGUCUGUGAGUAUCAGCCUUUUUAAUGUAUAUUCAGUCUCACAGUCACAUGCUUAAUAUUUCUUUCAAAGCUGAAAGUGAGAGGUGAGUUAAAACUGAAAUAUGUUGAGUGUGAUAUCCUCUUUUUUUAUAAUGGGUAGGGGGUUAAUCAUUCUGAAGGGAAAAGCUGUUAUAAAUAUUUAGUUCACCUUUAUGCACCUUCAACACAAAGUAGAUUUGAUGUGUGUCUGUUUGGCGUUCUGGAAACUUUUUGUCAUACCAUGUGUCUAAUUUGUCGUAAUUGGCGAAGGAAUAUCAGUGAAUGUGACUGUAUAACACUAACUUAUCAUGAAUGCUGCACCAUGUCCACCACUGGACUAUUUCCUAAUGCACACAGUGAUCAUGCUUAACUGUAAUGUUUUUUUUAAUGCUAUUUUUAUGACUUACAGACUGAGCCAGCAAGUAGUCAUGGAAUUGAGGGUUUUUGCGUGUUGUUGCAAUACUGUGUACAGGCUUUCAUUUCAGUUCAUAUAUAUAUAUAUAUAUAUAUGUAUAUAUAUAUAUGAUCCUGUUGAAUGACGAGUCCUCGAUAGAGCUAUUUGUUGUUUACUUGUUGAUCAGCUUGAAAGAGAUCCUCCUCAGCUGUCUGUGUCCAUGACAAAGAUCUCUUUGUGUCUUCGGAGAUCUGUUAAUGUCAUGUUUAGGGCAGAGCAGGAGCUUUAACUGCUCCUCCUCCUCCUCCUGCUUCUCUACAGGCAGAUUCAAAAAACCCCCGUCUGUUCCAGCUGAGGGGUUUCUCUCAUUCUUUUCAUCACAGUCCCAUUGAGUGAAUCCAGCUCUAGAGAUGGGGCCAACUGUGUCUUUUGAAUACUGCUGGCAGAGUGGCUCAGUUCCAUCACAUUGCCAAUCAGAGUGAUAAUUUGUUCCAUGUUGGAACACAUUAAGCUGACGUUUGCCUCGUAUAAAUUUGGAGUAGUGGUUCUCACCCUUCCCAUGGGUCCCCUUAUCUAAGCUACAACACAAAGUCCUUUUUUUAAAACCUGCCUUUAUAUAUCUCUCCCCUGUAUGCUGUUAUUGGGUACUGAUGCACUGUGUGUAAGUACACUGAGAACCACUGAAAACCUGAGUCAAAUUCCUUGUAUGCACAAACAUACCUGGCUUAUAAAGCUGAUUCAGACAAUUCACUGGUAAAUUAAUAUACAUUGCAUUGCUACAUUCCAAACAUGCUCUAUCAGGGGCCUGAGCUGCAGGAUGAGAACUGUAUUGUACCUUCACUUGAGACCCAGGCAAGUUGAGGUGUUUUUUGGGUUGGUUAGAAAAUAAAGAAAGUGCAUCAAGUGUUGUAAGUGAAAGAAAAGGGCACUUAAGUUACGUGGUUUAAAUGGGGCCUUAAGGAAAUGUGACUUUCUCAAACUUACUUCAGCAAAGUGACCAACUCAUUACUGUAUGUACGUCAACAUUAUUUGCUAAAAGAUUAAGUACACUGUUCUUAGCACUUCUGAGUGACCUUACUGUCUCUAGUGAAACCUGUUGACUCUAUUUGCUUGUCAGCAGAAGUGUUCUCUUGCCUCUGACGGUGUUUGCUUUACAGGUGUAUGUUAAAUGUAAAAGGGAAUGUACACAACACACACCACUGUAUAAAAAUGCCUUCUUUUUCUUUGUGGGGUCGUUCACAGAUGUGUACCAGCAUUGGCUAUAUGAACCGUUUGUACAGCGUGUCACUCUUACUGAAUGUCAAAUGACAGCAAAAGUAUUGCACACAUGCAGCAGCACAUCCAAAUAGUGUAACCAUUCUCUUCUUGAUUGUAAUGUAAAAAUCAAGAUUAUUCACAGAAUAACCGAGUCUUCACCUUUACUAAUGUGAAACACUGUAACAGAUGUCAGUAAUGUACACAUGAACUCAAUAGCAUGAGCAACUGUUAAUUUCACUGUACUGCCAUUGUAAAACAAUAAAACAUUGAUACAGGUUAA